AAGCCCCUUUUGUAUCACGACUACCCCCCCCAAUCGCGAAUCCCACGUCGACGAUAUCGACACCCCCGGCCGACACAUCACGACAUACCAACGUGGCGACCGACCGACGACGACAUUUAUACCAAAACACCACCCACCCAUAACUUCUAAUACACACACACAACCCGACUGCGAGAGCGAUAGCACUACCUCGCCGUCGUCGUUCCCUCUCGGCUCCGGCAGCGCCAUACACCGCCUUCACCAUGGACCUCCUCCGUCAGCUCGGGGGGCUCCUCCCUGGCGGCAGACCGCCCCAGCUUCCCCUCGGCCAGGGCGAAAAGGACAAGCCACGGAGGACACUGGCCCAGCGCCUUCAGUACCUUAGGAGACCCCUCAGGUUACGAGGCAACUCCAGCAUAUCCGUGCCUCUGGGCGUGGUCAUUCUCUUCCCCUGCAUAGUCGUCAUCCUCAUCCUCGUCCUGUUCGUCAGGCACCCAAGCUCCCCUGGCCGCAUCUUGAUGCCCGCCGGUGCCCCUCCCGGCAUCAGGAAAAUCAGCGAAAAGUACGACAAGGUCUUCGUCACGGGCUGCCUUGAGCCCGACACCAGCAAGCCCCGCGCCAAUGGCGCCUUCGUCGUCCUCGCGAGAAACAAGGAGCUGGACGGUGUUAUCCAGUCCAUCAAGUCCAUCGAGCGCCACUUCAACCGCUGGUACCACUACCCCUACGUCUUCCUGAACGAUGGCGACUUCGACGACACCUUCAAGGACACUGUCAAGAACUACACUUCUGCUCCCGUCGAGUUCGGCAAGGUUGGCCCGGACAUGUGGGGUUUCCCUGACUGGGUUGACCCCAAGGUUGCCAAGGAGGGUAUCGCCAAGCAGGGUGAUGCCGCUGUCAUGUACGGUGGCAUGGAAAGUUACCACUCCAUGUGCAGAUUCUACUCUGGCUUCUUCUACAAGCACGAGCUCCUCCAGAAGUACGAGUGGUACUGGCGCUUGGAGCCCGAGAUCAAGUACUUCUGCGACAUCACCUAUGACCCCUUCCUCAAGAUGAUCGAGAACAACAAGACCUACGGCUUCACCAUUGCGGUCAAGGAACUCCGCGAGACCGUCCCCAACAUUUUCCGCUACGCCUCCGCCUACAAGCGUCUCAACAACAUUACCUCGCAGGGUCUGUGGGAGAUGUUUGUCGAGCCCCAGCCCGAGAAGAAGCCCGAAGUCCCCGAGCCCGGCCUUCCUGAGGAGAUCCUGCGCUCCGACCCCGGCGCCAACAAGCUCCCCGAUAUCGACCCCGAGGCGAUGGAGGGCGAGAAGUACAACAUGUGCCAUUUCUGGUCCAACUUUGAGAUUGCCCGCUUGGAUUUCUUCCGGUCCAAGGCGUACGAGGAUUUCUUCCAGAUGAUGGAUCACAGCGGUGGCUUUUGGAUGGAGCGUUGGGGUGAUGCCCCGAUUCACUCCCUCGCUGCCGGCGCCCUCUUGGGUCCUCGCGACAUCCACUACUUCCGCGAUUUCGGUUACCGCCACACCACCAUUCAGCACUGCCCCGCCAACGCGCCCGCCCGCCAGCUGCCCCGCGAGCCCUACCUCGAGAAGACCACGCUGGACGAAAAGAAGCGCAUCGAGGAGGACAAGUACUGGGAUGAAUACGACACCCCCAAGGAGAACGGCGUUGGGUGCCGCUGCAGGUGCGACACGGACAUUGUCGACGUCGAGGGCAAGGAAGGUUCCUGCUUGGCCGAGUGGGUGGAUGUUGCGGGUGGUUGGGCCAGUCCUUAGAUGGGGUAGUAGUCCUUGAUUUCAAGGGGUUACGACACCUAGGAGCUUCUGAAGCGGUGCUAAGCCAGAAAAUAAUGGCAGCGUU